UGGGUGCAUGCCAGUCUAACAUGGCUUUUCGUACUCAUAGAAUACAACCACCAGAUCCCUCCCCUGUCCCAUAAUCCCAUUUCCCAUCAACACAACCCACUUCUCUUCCCAGCCAAUUCCAAGAACAUCCGACAAAUCAACAAUUAAAAGAUUUGAAGAAUUCAAUGUUUUGAUCUACUCAUUUUGAAAAACCCAUUUGUUUCUUGAGGUGUUUUUGGUGUACCUUCUCGAACAAAGCCUCAAUAUACUUUUCCUAUUUGUAGCGACAGCAAUUCAAGAAUUCGACAUGAAAGAUUGAUGGGCUUCUACAACAGCUGGUACACGAUCGUAUGGGUGAUGUUUGCUUUCUCGUUACCAUCAUUUGCUCGAGGCUCCAAUGACUAUGACAUUGAGUCUUUGAAUGCUUUCAUUCAUGAUCACGCAGAUAAAGCACUGUUAAAGCCACGUACAGGCACUCUGUACAAUAUUUCCCUCCCUGCUAACUUCUCCGGCAUGGAAGUUUCCGUUGUUCGGCUCAGAACUGGGGAAUUUUGGGCUAAAGGAGCGAAUUUUUCCUUCUUCCAUAUCCCGCCAAGGAUUCAACCAAUGCCUCCUGUGAGAAGACUAUCCAUACUAUAUCAAAACCUGGGCAAUUGGUCUUCUUAUUACUACAAUGUGCCAGGUUACAGAUUGGUUGCGCCUGUUGUUGGUUUCAUGGCUUACGAUUCUUCCAACUCAAGCACCGUAGGUAAUCGAACGGUCGAUUUCAGCAUCAUGGGGGAUCCCAUUUCAGUUCAUUUUUUGCAUAGUAAUGUGCCUGCAGAAGGGGAAAAUGACGUGACGCCACAGUGUGUCAAAUUUGGUGCUGAUGGGUCAUUUAAAUUACAGGACAUGAACGAGUCUUACGUUUGUAUCACACAAGGUGAAGGUCGUUUUUCUGUUGUUGUUCCAGAUAAACAAGAUGGGCUUGAGAAAUUUUGGGCGUUCGGAUUUGUUGGGCUGGUUUUGCUGCUUUUGGUUAUGGCGGCCAUUGCCAUACUUUUGAGAAGGAAGAAGAAGAUGAGAAAAAUGGAGGAGCAAGCUGAAAGAGGGGUGGCUUUUGAUACAUUUUGGGUUGGAGGAAGUAAAAUCCCUUCCGCAUCAAUGGUUAGAACUCAGCCAGCCCUCGAAAAUCGUUAUGUUCCUUGACUCACAAUUUUGUUUCUUUGAACAUUUUCUAGCUUUUUUCUUUUUCAAAAAUUUAUUUCCACUUUUUGGAAGUGAAGAUACCGUUGUACCUUUUCUGAGUUAUAAACUGAAAAUGAAAAGCAAUUUGCUACU